AGUUUGUUGCAUGUAAACAUCUGAGUGCUUCAGUUCAAACUGAAGAAGCACCGACGGCGCUGACACCCUCACCAGUCUGCACCAGCCGGGGGCGCUGUCUCCUCAACUGUCACGGUGUUUUCUGUGACCCACAGUCCCUGAAUGCAGCAUGGGUAGGGCCUGCUCCUUCCUCGGUGUGACAGUUUCCGGUUUGUGGGCGCUGUGUGUAUUUGUGCGUAAACACUCAAAGUUUGUAAGUAAACGUCACAAAAACUCUGAAAUCACAGCAGCUUCCGGGAUGAACGUGCUCAUGAGGAGGUGUUUCCGGCAGCGGGUGGUCACGUGGAGAGGUCUCCAUGUGGGGGCGCCGCUGACGACCUUCGAUGUGAGGAAGGUUGAGCUGACGCCGCUGGAGCAGCGCAAACUGACGUUCGAUUCCCACGCCAUGGUCACAGAGCUGCAGAGCAGCGGUUUCGAGAAGAACCAGGCGGAGUUGAUCGUCUCAGCUCUGGUCACUCUCGCCACGGCCAACAUGGAUGUCGUUUACAAAGACAUGGUGACCAAAUCCCAUCAGGAGAUCGCCCUGCAGCAGAUCAUGGCUCACCUGGACUCUGUCAGGAAGGACAUGGUGAUCCUGGAGAAGAGCGAGUUCGCUAACCUGCGAUCGGAGAACACGAAAAUGAAGCGAGAGCUGGAGCAGCUCCAGAACCGGCUGAAGGAGGAGAGCAAGAAAAUGAUGGCAGAAACCAAACUGGACAUCAACCUGGAGAGGAGCAGGGUCUCCGACAUGUUCACUGAGCAGGAGAAGAAGCUGAUGGAGGCCACGUCAGACUUUCAUCACAAGAGAUCCGAGCUGGAAAACGACAACAUGGAGAUCAACAGGAAGCUGGACCUGCAGGUGGCCUCGCUGAAGACGCUGCUGGAGUCCCUGAAACUGCAGACGAUCCGCUACCUGGCAGCCACCCUCUUCUCCUGCCUCGCCAUCGCUCUGGGACUCUACCGCCUCUGGAAGUGAACGAGUGACUCGUCUUCAUCCACCACACAAAGUAGUUCCAGAAGAAGAAAACUGAUAUUGCAUCUGAGCCCAACAGAGUGAAAAUACUCAGAAUCAGCAACAUGUACUCAGAGUAUCCAAAGUAGAAGUACUCAGUAUAUACGGCAUACUUUCUUUAUAUUUCAGAAGGAGCAGCACAGAGUAAAAGUACUCUAAAAGUACCCGAGUUACCAGCUGAUUGUACUGUUGCUGAGGUAGAACUUUAAAUGAAUGGACUCAAACACUAGUUUAAAUGUUUUUUAUAACCUGUCUUAAACACUUUUGUUAAUAAAGUUUAAAUUUUGAGUUCAGAGACAUAAACUCUGACAUUUCUGGAGCUGCAGAAACAAAACCGUCAGCGUGAGUUUGUGUUGAUCUGCUCUGAGGUCUGACAGUGAAUAAAGCCUGGAAGAAAAAUGUCUGUGUUAUUAACAGAGAUGAAAACACUGUGUGGCUCUGAAACGAGACAGUAAGUCACUACGCAAAGUUUAAACAGGUCAAAAUGCUUUUUUUCACUUCAUGUGACUUUUCCUCCUUUUAAGAAGCCCUGAACGCAACGCUUCUGUUUUUCACAUAUAAGCCGGUUCGUGCUUCACCAUCAGACAUGAUGGUGUCAGUCCUCUUGACCUAUGACCUCCCACGUCACCACGUCCAACAGCAGAAACAAACAUGUUUACAGCCUUCUUCACCCACUUGUCCACGGUCAGCUCAUGCAGCAGGCUCGGCCGGGCAUUUCAGACAUCCAGCGUUCCCAGGAAAGUAUCAUUUUCCUCCUGGGUUAUGGGUGAACCAUAGGCUCUCUUCCAUGGUGGGCAGAACACCUCCAGAGGGAGGCACUUGGAUUCCCGAUCCUUGCUAACUGGCGUCUUUUGACCUCAUUUAAAACUCAACUGUUUAAAUUGUAUCAAGGAUUCAUGUUUGCAUUAACAGAGGCGUGGCCUCUGUGGCUGACAGGUGGAUGGUGACACAGGUGGCUUCACCUGAACUGGACCGGUGGAGGGUGUUUGUGCU